CACGGGCACGAAUCACCGUCCUUGGACGACGAUGGGCAUCGAGAUGCGCACCACGUUGUGAUGGUACCUCCGGAAGGGAGAAAGCAAAUAUUGUAUCUCCGUCGCCUUAAGCCGUCGAGUGUUUUUCGUUCUUCCCGUCGCCUCGCGUUGUCGACGAAGCCAUAGGAAGACGACGAAACGAUCGAUUCGUAUCGCCUUCGUGCAACGGGUUUCCCUUCAACUGGCGUUCGAUUGGUUUCUUUAGAUUCUUUCACGCCUUGUCUUCCUCCGUCUCUUCAAGAACCCUAGUUCUUUUCUCCUUCUUCACCACCUUAUCUCGAUCGUUUUUUCUUUGUUUAUGGAGCCUCAAGAAUCCGCUAGGUGGUCAUAUAGGUGCUAAAGAUCCGAUCUUUAAAGGGGCUUUUGAUAAGAGAAAACUAGCCCGGCGUUGGUGAGCGGGACUGAAGUUGGAAAUGUCGUCCGAUAUAAGGAAAUGGUUCAUGAAGCAACACGACAAGGGGAGUGGGUCUGUAUCAAAGCCUGCGUCAAAGCCUGCUACAGCUGUUCCGGAUAAACCUUCUCCGCUGAGCUCACAGAAACCGGUGCAAGCAACACAAGAGAACUCUGGCAGAAGAAAAACUAGCAAAUAUUUCACAACAUCUACAGCCAAGGAAGUGAACUCAAAGGAAACGGUAAAGGAAAAAGUAGAAGCUAAAACACCACCAAAAAGGAAGACUCGAAAAUCCAUUGAGGAUCUCCCAGAUGAUAUUAAGCCGUCACCUGCAAAGAAGUUGCAUAGGAAUGAUGAUGAUGAUGAUGAUGAUGACUUUGUGCCACCUAGUAAGGAUAAAAGGUCAGCUGAGGUCAAACCUACCAAGAAAAUGAAGACUGGCUCUGGUAUACAGAUUAUCAGUAGUUCUCAUGAAGUUGAUGAUCAUCUUGAAGAUGAAACCGAUGAAAAUGAUUAUGAAACUCCUCUUAAAGCUGGUGGGAGGGGUAAGGGUGGAAGAGGGUCUGGAGCUACUGCAGGAGGAAGAGGGAGAGGUGGUGGCAGAGGUGGGUAUAUGAAUUUUGGAGAGAGGAAGGAUCCUCCACACAAAGGGGAAAAGGAAGUUCCGGAAGGUUCUCCUGAAUGUUUAAAUAGUCUGACAUUCGUCAUAAGUGGUACACUUGACAGUUUGGAACGUGAGGAAGCUGAAGAUUUAAUUAAACGCCAUGGUGGUAGGGUCACUAGUGCUGUCAGCAAAAAGACGAGUUUUCUUUUAGCUGAUGAGGAUGUUGGUGGGAGGAAAUCUUCAAAAGCCAAGGAGCUGGGUAUUCCCUUCCUUACUGAGGAUGGAUUAUUUGAUAAGAUCCGGAAAUCAAAGCCUGCUAAAGCACAGAUGCAAGAAGAGAAAAAGAAGAGAUCCCCAGAAAAGAUGGACAAACCAAUUAUCAAUAAAAGCCCUCGCAAAGUUGAAGUGAAAGAUGAUAAAGCUGUUUCUAUUGGAAGAAAAGAUGCUGCAAAAAAUGUUAAAUCAGGCAUCUCGCCUGACAAAAGAAAAAGUCAGUCUGGUGAUCGGAGUUCAUUGACAUGGACUGAGAAGUAUCGUCCGAAGCUUCCAAAUGACAUCAUUGGCAAUCAGUCAAUCGUUAAGCAACUUCAUGACUGGUUAAUGACCUGGGAUGAACAUUUCUUGCAUGCUGGCCAGAAAGGAAAAGGGAAAAAGCAAUCUGACAGUGGAUCUAAAAAAGCCGUGCUGCUGAGUGGAUCACCUGGAAUUGGGAAAAGCACUUCAGCAAAGUUAGUCAGUCAGAUGAUUGGUUUCCAAGCUAUUGAGGUUAAUGCAAGUGAUAGCCGUGGCAAGGCAGAUGCCAAAAUUGGUAAAGGAAUUGGUGGAAGUACAUCAAAUUCUAUCAAAGAACUUGUUAGCAAUGAAAUAGUAAAUUCUAGCAGUGACUGCAGGUCAAAGCGUCAAAAAUCUGUGUUAAUCAUGGAUGAGGUUGAUGGCAUGUCUGCUGGAGAUAGAGGUGGAGUGGCUGAUCUUAUUGCUAGCAUAAAGAUUUCUAAGAUUCCUAUCAUCUGCAUCUGUAAUGAUCGCUACAGUCAAAAGCUCAAGAGUCUUGUCAACUACUGCUUGCCACUUAACUACAGGAAACCUACUAAGCAGCAGAUGGCUAAAAGGUUGAAGCAAAUUGCAGAUGCUGAAGGUCUCCAAAUUAAUGAGGUUGCACUUGAAGAACUUGCAGAAAGAGUAAAUGGAGAUAUGCGCAUGGCAAUAAAUCAAUUGCAGUACAUGAGCAUCUCAAAGUCAGCAAUCAAUUAUGACGAUAUAAGACAGCGCCUUCUUUCUAGUGCAAAGGAUGAAGAUAUUUCACCCUUUACAGCCGUUGACAAGCUCUUUGGAUUCAAUGGUGGGAAGCUGCGUAUGGAUGAAAGAAUUGAUUUAAGCAUGAGUGAUCCUGACUUGGUUCCCCUUAUUGUUCAGGAAAAUUAUAUCAACUAUCGACCAACUUCUAUUGGCAAGGAUGAGAAUGGAGUUAAAAGAAUGCAAUUCCUUGCACAGGCUGCUGAGUCUAUAGGGGAUGGUGAUAUAUUCAAUGUUCAGAUCAGAAGAUAUCGGCAGUGGCAGCUUUCGCAAUCUAGUUCAUUUGCAUCCUGUAUAAUCCCGGCUGCUUUGAUGCAUGGGCAUCGAGAGACCCUUGAACCGGGAGAACGCAACUUUAAUAGGUUUGGCGGAUGGCUAGGGAAGAACUCGACAAUGGGAAAGAAUUUGCGACUUUUGGAAGAUGUUCAUGUUCACUUUCUUGCAUCACAGGAAGCUAAGUUGGAUAGGGCAACCUUGCGGGUGGACUACUUGACUCUUCUAUUGAAACAGCUUACAGAUCCUCUUCAAAUGAUGCCUAAGGAAGUUGCUGUUCAGAAGGUUGUGGAAUUCAUGGAUGCUUAUUCUUUAACUCAAGAAGACUUCGACACAAUUGUGGAGCUAUCCAAGUUCAAGGGACAUCCGAAUCCCAUGGACAACAUUCAACCAGCAGUGAAAUCUGCACUAACCAAGGCAUAUAAGCAAGGAAGCAGCUCCCGUGUUGUGCGAUCAGCAGAUCUGAUAACACUUCCGGGCUUGAAAAAGGCUCCGAAGAAGCGUAUAGCGGCAAUCUUGGAACCUGUGGAGGAUGGUGUAUCUGAAGAAAAUGGAGAAGCUCUAGCGGAAAAUGAAGAAGAGAAUUCUGAUUCAGAAGAUGCAGAUGAUCUUGGACUUGGUACAAAUGCCGAUCAGAAGCCACAACUUGAUCUUCUGAGCAACAAACCGAAGGGAGUCCAAGUGCAGCUUGAUUUGAAGAACAAUGGAAAGUCAAAUGUGAAGAAGAAGACCCCUGCUAGCAAAUCAAGAGCUUCGGAGCCUGCUGACAAGGGGGCACAAAUGUCUGGAAGUAGAAAGAGGAAAAAAUAGACUCUUGCUUAUGUCAAAGGUGAAACAUGUUUAUCUUCAAAUUUUGGAUGGCUGCAGACACACCCAACAUGCUUGUUUUUAUUGUAGUUUCCAUGUUCCAAGUUUAGUGUACAUCACCUUUGAAUUGACCCGAGAGUCGGCAGACACCUUCUUCUGCCUUGGUUCUUUUUCA